AUGACCAUCUCGCGCAACGUGUAUAAUCAGCUUUUCGAGCAAGCACCAGACACUACAGAUGGCGCAGCCAAGGAAAAGGUAAUUCGUUUGCGUCCCACAGAAGCAAAGGCAGGUGCCGUUGUCAUGUCAGCCAAAAACAAGAUCCAAAUGUGGACAAAAGAAGAGCACGAGCGUUUUCUUGCAGCGCUUGAAAAGUUUCCGGCUGGUCCUUGGAAGAAAGUUGCCGACUUUAUUGGUACCAAGACACCGCGCCAAACGAUGACACAUGCUCAGAAGUACCGUCAAAAGAUUCAUCGGCGACAGCGUGGGUUGCGUAACCAGAAGAAGCCAAGUACGAAUUCCGUCACACUGACAUCUGACCCAGUGCCCGUGGACAUUAAUACUGAGCCUCAAACUAUCGUUUCACCUUAUAGCGUGACCGAUUUGCAGGUCAAGAUCAACGCAGAGGCUGUGGCUGCGGCAGCAGCUGCAGCUGGAGUCACGAAUGACCAGUUGCUGAAUAUUCUGGCGCAACAGGCUACGACAAUGAAUCAAGAAAAGCAAGAUUAUCUGCAAAUAGAAGCAAGUGUAACCGCAGAUAGUCUAACAAUGCCUGACGCGGCAGCUUCACAUGGAUCGCCUAGUAAUAAUCAUUUGCCGUCGCUAGCUCAAAUUUUGCACCUGGGAAGUGCUGAAGGACAAACUAUGACGCCAAGUCAAGAUAAGACAGAAACGACAGAGACAAAUACCGAGUUCAAGACUGUAGAGACAGAUUUGAGAGUUGAAGACCAAAGUGUUGUGAUUAGGACGACAGCAACGACUGAGACUGAAGCGGAAACGCAGAUUCAACAAGAGGGCAAUUUCAGCACUCACAGUUGCGAGGGGUAUGAAAAUGAUGAGACGACAGCUCAGCCACGGCAGCUUGAGAUCAUCUAA